AUGUCAUCUAGUAGUUCUGGUAUCAUUUCUGAUGAAGAUCUUCAGUAUUAUGAUGAGUGUGAUUCUGAUGGUCACCUCAAUGAUGAAAGUCUUGUCUUUCAAAUGGAAAAAAAAUAUUUAGAUAAUAAUCAUGAUUUAGAUUUUAUAGAUAUGUUUGGAAUGAGCCCUUGUCAUUUGGCUGUUAAACAAUGUUUAGAACUUGUAGUACUUAAUAGAACAAAUAUUAGUUGUAUUGGUGAUGAGGAAAGAUUUGCUUCAAUGGUUAAAAAUGUUACUGAAUUAGAUUUAGCAUGGAAUAAUAUUAAAGAUUGGAAAUUUAUAGACAUACUUUUUCAAAAUAUGUCACUUCUUAAAAUAUUAAAUAUUAGUUAUAAUCCAAUACAAAAAGUAUUAAAUACUAUACUGCCAAAAUCAUUUACGCUUCAUAUACUUAUAUUAAAUGGGAUUAAUUUACCUUUAGAAACAUUAAAAAUUUUAUUGAGUUAUUUCCCAAAUUUAAAUGAACUUCAUUUAUCAGAUAAUAAUUUUGACAGUCUUGAUGUUAAUAUUAAUUAUAAUGAUAUUUUUUCAACACGUAUAUCAAUUUUUCAUCUUAAUUACUGUCAUAUUAAAACUUGGUCUACUGUUCUCAAAAUUAUGUGCCACUUUCAAAAUGUUCAAUCUUUCUAUUUAUCGGGUAAUGAUUUUGAAACAAUACACUUAGAAUGUAAUGAAUCUGGAUUAAAAACAGAAAAUGUUUUAAAAUCUCUUCAUUCAUUCUGUUGUACAAAUGGUAAAAUAAAUUCAUGGAAAUCUAUUGAUAAUUUAUCAAUACUUCCAUCAUUAGCAAAUUUAAAAUUUACGCAUCAUCCUGUUCUUAAACAACAUACAUUAACAGAACGCAAUUUUUUACUUAUACCAAGAAUUAUAUCUCUUACUAGUUUAAAUGGAUCUACAUUAGAUAUUGAUCAAAGAAUUACUGCUGAAAGAUUUUUAAUACGUUAUUAUAAAAAUAAACCAGUAGAAGAAAGACCAGAAGUAUAUUAUAAAUUAAUUAAAAAACAUGGAAAAUUAAAUGAUUUAGCUUUAGUUGAUUUGUCACCUAAAAUAGCAGCUAAUGUUAUAUUAAUAUGUGAAGAAAAUGAUUAUCAUAGUAAUAUACAUAUUAAUUUAAAUAAAACAGUUUAUGCAUUAAUGAGAUACUCAGAAAAAGUUACUGGAAUAAGUAUUAAUAAAAUGCGUUUAUUUCAUUUUAAUGUUGCUGUAGAAGAAUUAGGACCAUUAGAAUUAAGAUUCCCAAAUCAAGAAUUAAAACUACUUAAAAUUGAGGAUGGUGAUAAAUUUAUUGUACAGUCAAAAUUAUCAACAUCUCCAAAAAAAAGAAAUAAAAUAAUGGAAGGUAUAUAA